UUUAUUAGUAAAGCAAGUUUAGUUUUUAAUGCAUGACUUGAUUGUCUUUUCUUGGUCGACGUAUGAGGAAUAAGUUGGCAGCUUCCAGAUUUGCCAUGGCAAUAGGAGCACGGUGACGACGAGGCAGAAAGGCAUGUUGCAGGAGCAGAGUAUUGCUUGAUUGAUUUUGGUUUUGAGGAAACAAGGUGCUAGGACUUUUGAGGGUUUCAUUGAGGCACAAGGGCAUAUGUUAUCAUCAAUAAGGGGCUCCAAUCAACUGAGUGGUUUAUUGAUAUUUUGAUAGACUUGGGCCUCCAAUCAACAAAACUUAGAGAUGGACGAUGUAGGCUAUACUGAAGAGUCCUUUGAUUGUGAGAUAGUACCUCCUUCAUUGGUUGAACUUGUCCCUAUUCUUCGUGUUGUAAAUGAAGUUGAGAAGAGCAGCCCCAAAAUUGCCCAUCUUUGUUUCACCUCUGAAGGUGGAGGUUUCCUCUCUUCGAUAGUUUUGGGCCUGAUAAUGCAGAGGGAGUGUAAAAUUAUCUGCGGCGGGGCUUUCUUGACAGGCCGUUUCUAUGCCUUUGAGGAAGCUCAAAAAUUGGAUUCUACAAAAAGGGGAGACUUGAGAUUCCCUGUUCACCAAUUUAAAGAUGCACUCCAGCAGUGUCUUGAAAAGGGUAGAAAUCCUGCACUUGUGGGACGGGUAAAAAAAGGCGAUAUUCGUGAAAUGCGGAGUUUUUAUCAACACCAGUAUAAGAAAUAUAUCAAAGUCUUUCAAAUGGCAGCUGAUAAAGAUGACUGGUUAGUUAUAUCUUGAUCAAGUGUUUCAUUA